GUAGUUUCGGUAUAUUUCUGAUGGUCUUGUGCAGCGGGGACGGGCGAUAAAUUAAUUAAGCAUUGUUAAUACAUAAUAUAAUUCGCGGCGAUAGGUGUUUUAUAAUCCAAAUUGACAGAUUCAAUUGCCUUGCCCCCAUUACGUGUUUCGUUGAGGUCAAGGUCGCUGCUGGCAAUGGCCGAAUUGGUGAGAGACUGGCUGGCGGCCUAUCAGCGGACUCGAGGACAGCCAGCCGAGUCGGAGGCGUUUGUUGUGGAACAUGAGACAGACCCGGAAAUCGCCGAGGCCAUUUUCACCAUAUUCAAUGAGAGGCAGCGCAACGAGGACCUGGUUCACGACAUUUGCCAGCAACUGUUGUGCUUCUAUUGGUCGCCCGAGGUGACGCUACACAAGUUUUCUUUGCAAUUCAUUCCUGUGUUAAUCUACACGUACCUGCAUGCCGUUUCGGCGGGCGAUAAGAAGGCGUCUCGUGGAGUGGAGACGCUGCUGAUUUGCAUUUAUAACAGUGAGGUGUCCACCGACGAUGGCGGUCAGAAAGUGGUGGUCUUUCGCAUGCCCAUCCUAGCCCAGACGUCUGUAUACCACGAAAUGAAGAAUCUUCCAUUGACCGAUCUGCGACGCUGGGAGGGGAACUGCAACCGCGAACUCAAGUGGGGGCCGCAUCAGAGAGUUGAGACGGUAAAUGCCCAGAACCGCAUGCGGAUCCUGACGACAUUGCUUUUUUGCUACAACCAGCACGUCAGCCAGACGCAAAAGUCUUCGUUGCUGCAUCUAUGCCGUGUGACUUCCCAGUUGGUCAACCAGGGAUUCACAACCAAAUCCGGUCACGGCCAUCGUAUGAGCUAUGGAUCUGAUCCAGCGACGGGGGCCACUUUUCCAAAACCAUCUUCUCCGCGCAUUCCACUCUCCUCGUCCUUCCUGAUCGAAUUGGUGCACGCCAUUUACUUUGCCAUGUUCAAUGGCUAUGGUACGAUAGCCAUACAGACGCUAGACGAUAUACACAACCGUGCCAACUAUGAAAUGUACACGGAUCUCAUUCUGGUGACCAGCGCCGUGCGCAAUUCGCUGCAUGCUAACCUGUCAGGGCAGCCCAACGACGGGCCAAUGGGACUGAGCGUAGCCCUGACACCCGCCACCAAUACGGUGACAACAUCGGUAUCGAAAUCCAUGAUCACGAACGCAUCAUUCCGCACGAAAAAGCUGCCCGAUGACAUACCCAUACAGGUGCGGGACCUCACCAUGCAGCAAAACCCACAGCAGCUGGCCAGCGUGAUUGAGGAAGCAGAGCCGGGAGCCAAAGAGUCGCCAUCGACCAAGGAGAGCUCGGGCCCUCGUACUUCUAUAAUGAGGCCGAGCAUGGAAGGGAUCAAGGCCCAAGCGCACAAGGCCUUAAUCGCUGGCUUCAAGAAAUCAAAGCGCAACUCGCUGCUGCAGCUGCAAUCGGAAUUGAAUUCGAAUUCAAAUGCGGAGCAGCCACCACCACCCUCCGAUAUGCUGCCAAUGCAGACGCUCUCGCUGAUUAAUGAGAACGGCAGCAACAGCUUCAGUAUUGACAGCGACCUCAACGAUGGCCUCGGCGUCGUGGCAGGCAGUGUAGCGCUGCCCUCGAUAAACAGCAACACCAACUCGGUCACCAGCAGCGAAGUGCUCACCAAAAGCUUCGAUUCCAGCAUCGAACUGGCGCCUCUGGGACACAGCAACAGCAAUGGCGGUAAGCUGGCCGAGCAUGGCCUAGUGGCAGCCAAAUAGCCAAAUCAAAGUAUCAAGUAUAUAUAUUUAUUUUCAUUAUUAUAUAUAUUCGCACUUUACUGCUGGGUAUUAACUUAACGACACCACACCCGAACGCGGAUGAACUGUAAAUCUGAAUGUAACGCAAUACUUAGGGAUCGUUUGAAUUUGUUAAAAAUUUAUGGGGUUUUUCAGUUGUUCGUAUACUUAUAUGAUAAUGUAUUCUAAUCCUAAUUGUUGGUAAAAUCUACAUUACUACUUAUGGAAGCAUGUACAUAUAUGUAUGUUUUUUGUCGGGUAAUUUGAAUAGCUUAAGUGUUGCAAAUACGUCACAACAAUUAAACAAAUACAAUCGGAGCAGAGCAAGGCCACUCGGAGAUGCCAUACAGUAGAUAUGAGAUCUUUGAACGCCAAAUCCCCUUAUUACUUUAAUGAUAGUGCAGUGGAGUUCAUCCAAAGCAGGAUGAGCAGAAUGUAUACAUUUCAAUGCAUUUCAUUUGAUUUAGAUAAGCAAACACUUCUGGUAUUCGAUAUCUACUGCAUUUGCAGCCAGUGAGAUCAGGCCCGGCGAACAAACAACUUCAAUUGAAUUUAACAAGUAUCCAUUCUACUUUGUCCCUAACAUACGAUAGCAUAUGUAAACUAAUAAAACAAUAUACAUACAUGCAUACAAAUAUUUAUUGAACGUUGACUUGAACCAUGUUAUUGAUUUAAAAUAAAAUCGAAAACUAUAUACGUAA